AUGUUUUACAUGGACAUGCAUGCCAUUUAUUCCAAUGGCUUGUUUUGUAUACGGGACAUUCGAAAUGGCUACCCCGUCUUUAUUGACUUUGAUGCCAACAUGAUGGAUCCCGCCUUUGCGCUGGCUGUGAGGUGCCCAGUUGCAGGAGGGCUCUCAACACGAGAAUUGCUGCAUAUAAUGAACGACAUUAGAGGACCCAAGGUGGUGGGCUUGGACGUGCAUGGGUACUUUCCAGACCUCGAUGUGUGCCGAAAGGAUGGAGUUGGUCUCACACAAAUGGCAUUGGCGAAGGUGAUUAAAGAGGUGAUCCUCAAGGUCUACACUAUCUCCACACAAACAGAGGAGGAGGGAAUGGCAAGGGUUCAAGUGCUGCAGCGGCAGGGAACCAUAUCGGAAAAUCCGUACCCUGAUCACUGA